AUGGGAUCCAACGAGGAGCCUACAUACCUCUACCAAAGCGUCACCGACAGCCACUCUCCCCCGGUGGUAACAUCCGCCGAAGGGAUGUACUUCACCCUGGAGAACGGCCUCAAGAUCCUGGACGCAACCUGCGGAGCCGCCGUGUCAGCCAUUGGCCACGGCAACGAGCAGGUCAAAGAGGCAGUCAUCCGUCAGGUAAAUACGGUCGCCUACUGCCAUCCUGGAUUCUUCUCGAACAGCCCUGCCCUUGAGCUGGCAGACCUGCUGAUCGACUCCACGAACGGGCGGCUAUCGCGUGCAUGCAUCCUUGGAUCUGGCUCUGAAGCCGUCGAGGCCGCGAUGAAACUGGCCUAUCAAUAUUUUGCGGAGCAGACACAAGGGACGACGCAACGGGUCAAUUUCAUCGCUCGAAGAGGGUCGUGGCACGGUUGCACCAUAGCAGCGCUGUCUGUCGGUGAUAUCAAAUCCCGGAGGACACUCUUCGAGCCGCUGUUGCUGAAGAACGUCUCCAAGGUGUCGCCCUGUCACCCAUGGAGGGAAAUGCGCGACGGAGAAUCAGUCGAGGAGUAUGUGGCUCGCCUGAAGGACGAACUUGAGGCCGAAUUCCAGAGGCUUGGUCCUGAGACUGUCGCUGCCUUUAUUCUGGAGCCCAUGGUUGGGACUGCCCUAGGUUGUGUCACCGCAGCCCCAGGGUAUCUCCGCGCAGUGCGAGAAGUCUGCGACCGACACGGCGCGCUUUUGAUAUUCGACGAGAUCAUGUGCGGACUCGGGCGGACAGGAGCACAGCACGCCUGGCAGCACGACGACGUCGCCCCGGACAUCCAGACCGUCGGAAAAGUCCUCGGCGGCGGAUACGGCCCCGUAUCAGCUGUGCUGGUCAACGAGCGCGUCAUCAACGCCCUGAAACGGGGCAGCGGCUCCUUUGCGCAUGGGCAGACGUACCAGGCCCAGCCGCUCGGGUGCGUUGCUGCGCUGGCGACGCAGCGGUAUAUCAGGGAGAAUAACUUGGUUGAGAAUGCGCGGCGCAUGGGGGCGUAUCUUGGGGAACAGUUGAAAGUGCACUUGGGGGAUCACCCUCUUGUCGGCGAUGUUCGAGGUCGCGGCUUGUUUUGGGGGGUCGAGCUUGUCCGGGAUAAAGUGUCCAAGGUUCCGUUGGAUCCGGAGCUGGGGUUGGCGAAGAGGAUUAGGGCUCGAGGGCUGGAGAAGGGGUAUGAGGUUUGUAUCUUUAGCGCGACUGGGGCUGCGGAUGGUUGGAAGGGGGACCAGUUCCUCAUUGCUCCGGCGUUUACUGUGCAGAAGGAUGAUGUGGAUGAGAUUGUGAGGCGUGUAGUGAGGGUGAUGGAGAGUGUAUGGAAAGAUGUCCACGCAGCUCUCGCAGGCUAG